AUGGCAUCGUCAUUCGUUGGAGAACUACUCCGGUUCACUACACUCAUUCUUCCGAUACCUCAACCAUGCUCUGCCGCCUCUCUUUAUUCCACAUAUAAAUUUAACCCUCUUGAGCAUCUUGGUGGUGUAACCCCAUACUUCGAGCCUCAAGAUCCGCCCGCGUCGCCGUCACCUCCACAGGGUUGUUCGGUGUCCCGGGCAGCCUAUCUGUCUCGCCACGCUGCAAUCUACGCCAAUGACUACGAUUACGAAGCGUACAUUGAACCAUUUGUAUCGAAACUGGAAAAUAACACCGCAAUCGACUGGAGCAACGUUCCAGCGCUUAACUUCCUUGCUAGGUGGACAGCUCCGCUGACAGACGCGGAACGGGAGCUAUUGACGCGUGUAGGCAAGUUAGAAGCGGCACAACUCGGUGUGACACUAUCUUUUAGGUAUCCUUAUCUUAGGGUGCCGUCGCGCGUAUGGACAUCCUCGGCAGAGCGAACCGCAGAAUCGGCCGAGUCGUUCGCGAGGAGCCUCGAGCUGAACGAGGAUGGGAUCAACGUCGUGAGCAUUUACGAGUCUAAGGAAGCUGGUGCGGAUAGCCUCACGCCGUAUAAGAGCUGUCCGGCUUAUUCGCCCUCGUUUGGGAGCGAUCAAUCAGCAGUCUACCUAGAAAAGUUCACCAAGCCUAUUAUACAGAGAUUAAACGCGAUGGCUCCCGGGUUUAAUUUUACGGCGAACGACGUAUAUGGCAUGAUGGAACUGUGCGGGUAUGAAUCCGUUAUUCGUGGCAGCUCCCCAUUCUGCGAUCUCGACCUCUUUUCGCCAGAUGAUUGGCUUGGAUGGGAAUAUACGGCCGAUAUCAUGUACCAUUACAAUGUGGGAUAUGGUAAUCGGAUUUCUGGCGUCAUAGGAUUGCCUUGGCUUAAUGCGUCGGCAAGCCUACUUUUAGAAGAGUCGGCAGGGGGGCAAGACAUCUACGUUAGCUUUACUCAUCGUGAACUACCUCCUAUGGUGUUUGUCGCCAUGGGUUUAUUUAACAACUCGGAGUUCGGCGGAAGCGAGGCUGCUAUUAAUGAUACAAUGCCAUUAGAUCGUAUCAACCACCGACGCGCGUGGAAGAGUUCGCACGUAUUGCCAUUUCUGAGCAACGCCGCCAUCGAGAGGCUAAAUUGUUCAGGUAGCUACGGCUACGACAAUGGCGAUUACUAUCGAAUACUUGUCAAUAGUGCGCCUCAACCAUUGCCAAACUGUGCCGAUGGGCCGGGUACAAUUUGUUCGAGGGUAGGAUUUGAACAGUAUCUUCAAGAACGAAUUGACAUGUUCCAAGGAUUUUCUGAGAGAUGCGGAGUGGACUACGACAACUCGACGGACGUCUUAACGAUUUAUACGGAUUCUGGGGUUGGUAAUGUUCUAGCCUCUAACUUCAUCACCCAAAGGACGCGCCGAAGUAUGCCUCCGCGAAAAUCUAUCCAAGAGUUCAAGGAGCUCCUAAGGACCAGUAACAGGGUCUUGGCUCUCUGCGGUGCCGGCCUAUCCGCAGCCUCGGGACUUCCAACAUUUCGUGGUGCCGGUGGCCUCUGGCGCAAUCAUGAGCCUACAUCCCUCGCAACUCCGACGGCCUUCAAGAGCGAUCCCGCACUUGUUUGGCUCUUCUACGCAUGGCGCAAGCAUAUGGCGCUGAAGGCGAAUCCCAAUCGUGGUCAUUAUGCCCUUGCCGAACUGGCAAAGAGGAAGGAUGACUUUCUGUGCUUGACACAGAACGUCGAUGGUCUGUCGCCACGUGCUGGACAUCCCGAAUCUAAGCUUCGACUUCUCCAUGGGAGCAUCCUCGAUAACAAAUGCUUUAACAAGAAUUGCGAUUAUAUCGACCGGGACAACCUAAGCGACCCCGUGUGCCCGGCUCUCGCUCCCGCCGCUGAAGACUACCCGCCCAACCAGACCAUUCCCUUACUCGAUCCUUCCAUUCCCGCGCCAUCAGUCAACGUCGAGGAUCUCCCGCAUUGCCCGAAGUGCCAGACUGGUCUGCUGCGGCCUGGCGUUGUUUGGUUCGGUGAGCCUCUCGAUAAGAAGAUGCUGAAGGAUGUUGAUAACUGGAUCUAUGCUGGACCUAUCGAUAUCGUGCUUGUGAUCGGCACAGCAGCCGUGGUCUUUCCCGCGGCAGACUAUACGCAACAGGCUAUAAAUCAGGGGGCCAUUAUUGUAGUGGUGAAUCCUGACCCUGAAUCGGGGGAGGGUCUAGAGGAUGAAGAUUUCUUCUUCCAAGGAGACGCUUCUGAAAUAUUGCCGAAGCUUUUCGAGGGUGUCAUUGGGAAGAUGGAUGAGAACGGGAAGAUUUUGUAA